UCUCUCACUGUCCCUCUCACAUUCACAUGGAGCUUGACCUCUGACCAGCCACCGCCAACUCUUUUUUCUCUACUCCAAUGACGACCCCACCAACCCCUUCACUCUCUUGAGGAUCUUCUAAAGCUCUCUCUCUUUUUUUUUUUUUUUUUCUUUUUCUGAGCACAAACCCUAAUUAACGCAAAAAGCCACGAGAUCUAUUCCUCUGUGAGUACCUCUCGUAAUUGACGCCUUGCCCUUCUCUGCAUCCUUUAACACUCUCAUCUCACUCCCCACCCAAUUAAGAUCUAUAUGCAUAAUUUCCUUUUUCAAGAAAGUCGGUUUCACGUCCUGGAAACUUGAUCAGUGAUCACCAAACACGUAAUUCGGUUCUCAAUUCCACAAGCUUUUCUUACUACCUAAGCUUUCUCUCUAGUUUUCUUUUUUGCUUAAGCAAUGGAUUCUGGCAACAGUGGAAGCAUCUCUUCUAGCGAUGAUGAAUACGAUUCAUCAUCACACGCUCAUCCAUCGUUCCUCAAUCAUUUUGGUUCCAUCUCCGACCCGCAACAACCAUCUCUUGUUCCUUCUCAUCCCUCAAUGUUUGAUCUUUCCUCAAACUAUCUCCACUCUCUCUCACAAUCCCACCCAAACCCCCAUAAUUCCUUCUUAAACUUAGACUCUCAAGGCCAAAGAUCUGAACCCAAUUGCACCCUCCAUGAAAGCCUCCCAUCUUCAUCAGCAAUACCAACAACAACAAAUCAAUACUUGUUGGGCCACGACAACGUUAAUAAUAAUGCAAGACAACAACUCCCAUCAUCCCCACAGACCAACAACCUCAUACGCAACUCGAAGAAACGAAGCAGAGCUUCAAGGCGUGCACCCACCACCGUUCUCACCACCGACACCAACAACUUCAGAUCCAUGGUUCAAGAGUUCACCGGAAUCCCUGCACCCCCUUUCUCACCUUCCUUCUCUCGCCGCAUCCCUCUUCGCCCAAACCCUUUGCUUUCAACAACUUCAUCAAGGACUUUGUUACAUAACAACAGCAUCUAUGUUUCUCCUAAUAAUAACUCCCUUAAUUACCAACUACUUCCCGAUCUAUCUUUACCCUAUCAGCCCCCACCACAGAAUCUCAUGCAAAAUAUUCACCCUAUUCCCUCAUUCCACCCCUCUUCUUCUCUUCAUACUCUUGUCCCUACAGGGUUUGGUGCAAAGUCUUUAUCCACCAUGCCCACGCUUGAUGCGCAUGAUCUGGUGGGUGCACAUGUACAAGGUCAUCAUGAGAAUGUGGUUUCUGAGGGCAUGUUUCUGAGGAGUGACGGCGGUGGAACUGGAGGAGGGAGAAGAGACCCGUUUAGGUGCUGAGAUAAUGAGAAUAAUAAUAAUUAUGGCGGUUGCAAGCUCAACAUCUCGGUUUCUGCAUCGAGCAACUUGAACCAUGAGAAGAACUUGGAGAAUGGAAAUUCCCCUAGGGAAGGAGCUGUCGAAGCGUGGAUUUGCUCUUCUGAUCAAUAGGAUAAUCUCGCGUGUGGUGUGAGAGAGAGUAAACAGUAUUCUCAACUUGUGAAUCAUUGCAGCGUGGAAUUUCAGAUACUGCAAUGAAUUAAGAGCGUCAUCAUCAUGAUGAUGUUGAUCAUAGUGGUCUAGUGUUUGGUGGUUAGCAUUUGCAGCUCCAUUUGUUUUUUUUUUUUUUUUUUAUUUUGUUCUAAAUUUUUUUAUACGAGUAUUGUAGAGACUGUUAUUUAGUAGAUAGCUAGAAUGAGAUUAAUUUAAUUAUAUAGUUAUAUAUAUACUACUUUUAUUUGUA